CUUGGGUGCAAGUUUCAGUGCUAAAAGAAGCGUUGGCUCCAGCAAGAUUAGCAUGAAGUUGGCGUACCUUUUCCUUGGCCCCAUGGCCUUCCUCCUUCUGGCUGGCUGUGGCUGUGUCCUCAGCACCUCCAGCGGGAACCUGAGCACCUUUGUGGGCUGUGCUGUGAGGGAGUUUACUUUCCUGGCCAAGAAGCCAGGCUGCAGGGGCCUUCGGAUCACCACGGAUGCCUGCUGGGGCCGCUGUGAGACCUGGGAGAAGCCCAUUCUGGAACCCCCCUACAUUGAAGCUCAUCAUCGAGUCUGUACCUACAAUGAGACCAAACAGGUCACCGUAAAGCUGCCCAGCUGUGCCCCAGGAGUUGACCCCUUCUACACCUACCCUGUGGCUGUCCGCUGUGACUGCGGAGCCUGCUCCACUGCCACCACUGAGUGUGAGACCAUCUGAAUCUGGCGUGGUCUGCAGAACGCAGCUGGCGGCCUUGAGCCUCAUGGAAUCCCCUGCACCAGCAGCACAAGUAGCUACAUCCCCCGGAUUCAAGGACUUUUUAAUUUUGGCCAUACCUGUGGAGGAGAUUACCUUGUGUCUGGGCACAAGGCCCAGAUGCAGCAUACUUAUACUAAACAUGCAAAACAAUAUUUGUACUUUCACCAAAAUAAUUUCUCUGAUUC